AUGGCAGGCAAAAAGGGUGGCGCUGGAGGCGGAGAAAACCUCGGAUCGAAAAAGGCGCAGGGACAAGCUCGCAAGGCCGACGCUGCUGCUUCGAAGCAGGCGGCGAAGAACUCACAAAGUGAAGCUGCAGAGGCAGCGACCUGGGACAAGGGCGCCAAAUCCAACGCAAAAGCUGAGGCAGCAGCAGAGAAGGCCGCCGAGGCAGCCCGCAAGAAAGCUGAGAAAGACGCUCUUCUCCGUGAGGAAGAAGCCUCUCUUCCCUCAAAACCCAAAGGCAAAGCUCCAAAAGCAGAGAAGAAGACACGCGGCAUCGAUUCCGCACUCGGUUCGUUCGACACAAAGCCCAGCGCCCUCAACGCCACCGGUAUCGACAACGCGCUCGAUGCUCUAGACAUUACAAGCGAAAACAAGGACAAGGUCGACCGCCACCCAGAGAGAAGGUUCAAGGCUGCGUUUGCGGCAUUCGAGGAGCGGAGACUAGAGGAGAUGAAGGACGAGAAGGGUCUACGGCGGAACCAAAAGGUUGAGCAGAUUCGAAAGGAGUUUGAGAGGCAUCCUGACAACCCGUUCAACCAAGUUUCGGCGACGUAUAACAUGUCCAGGGAGGAAAUAGCGGCACUCAAGGAAUCAGAGAAAGACAAGAAGGAGAAGAGACUGGCAGGCGUCUGA